GUGAUCAAAGGGGAAUACUGCAUUACUGUAGUUGUCGCAGUCCUCGUUGCAGCGUAGUCGCCGUCCUGAGACCUCGACAACAUGACACAGCACGACGCCGGAUGCUGGGAGAUACUUAUGCUGACGAGAUGAAAUUCGUGCCUCGCAGACAUCCGCGAGCACUAUCGCGCCGGAAUCAUGCUCUCCCGCCCGUCUUUGUUCUCGUCGCUGCGUUCACCUGCAAGAUCCCAAACGACUCGCGUGCCAUGUCCCCACCGCCGAAAGACGUCCUGCUCGUUGGCUACGGAGCCGUCGGCGCCAUCUACUCGCUCAUCCUGAAGAACAGCGGCAGGGCGCGCGUCACGGCAGUCGCGCGAAGCAACUACGCGGCCGUUUCGGCCCACGGGAUGGAGUUUCGCAGUAAGAAAUACGGCGACAUCGUAGGGUGGAGGCCCGACAGAGUGUGCGCCUCCGUCGCAGACGCGAGCGACCGCGCGUACGACUACGUCGUCGUGACCACCAAGGCGAUCCCGGAGCUCGCGCGCACGCCCGCGCUCCUCGCGCCUCUCCUCGCGCCCGCGUACGCGCGCGCGCACGCGCAGCCGACGUACGUGCUGUUCCAGAACGGGCUCAACGUCGAGCGCGACCUCCACGCGGCCGUCGCCGCGCUCGGGCGCGCGCCGCGGAUCAUCAGCACGGCGGUGUACAUUAGCACUGCGAUGCUCGGCGCGAACGUCGUGCGGCACGAGACGUUUGACCGCGUGUCGUUGGGCGUGUAUAGAUUGGACGACUAUACGACGGCGACGAAUAGCGAGGGCGAGCAGGCGCUGCUGGACGACUUCGCGGGCUUGCUGGAGGACGGCGGGUCGACCGUCACCGUCGUGCCCGAGAUCCAGCGCGUCAAAUACGCCAAGAACUUCUGGAACGUCGCCUUCUCCUCGAUCGGCGCGCUCACGCGCCACUCCCCCGCCGCGAUCUUCAGUCUCCCGACUACCGCCGCCGCACCCACUUCUCCUCCCUCCGACACGCCCGCGCUCGCGCGCAUCCCGCCGUCCGUCUCCCAAGCCCCGCUGAUCACGCAGCACACGCUCCCCGCGAUCCGCGCGCUCAUGCACGAGCUCCUCGCCCUCGGGCGCGCGCUCGGCUUCCCCGACGACGCGGACGGCGGGCUGCCCGCGGGGUUCCCCGACGCGCUCAUCGAGUCGACGCGCGAGCUGCACCUCGCGCCCGGCGCGGCGCACCGGCCGAGCAUGCUCGUCGACCUCGAUAACGGGCGCCCGAUCGAGGUCGAGGUGAUUCUGGGCGAGGUCGUGCGGAUGGCGCGUGCGCGCGGGGUCGACGUUCCUCGGGUCGAGAUGCUGUACGCGAUGCUGCUCGUCGUGCAGAAUCAGCUCCUUCAGAGCAGCGGCAAUUGA